UCAGGGCCGACAACUCUCACUGCCCAACAUGGCGGCCUGUGCACGUCCCUGAAGUUCGUGGUGAAACCCAUGUGAGACAUGGCACUUAAUCUCAGAAAUCUUGUACAAACUUUGCCUAAACUUGUCACUUUUUUCUCGAAAUCUCCCUACAGUAGAGGGAGAGGCAAAGGAGUGUCAUUCCAGAUCAGCAAAGCUGACCAUUUUGCUGUUAAAGAUGAACUUGAAAAUGUGGAAGCUAUCGAAGAUUUCUUUAAUCGCGAAGGUCGAAUCUUGACUUCUGGAAAACAAUUAAGAAGAGACACCGAAACUCUCAUACAAAGUGGACUCAAACGCCAGCAAGAAUGGCUGAAAAAGAAAAUAAUACAGCGCAAGUAUUUCAAAGAGCGUCGCGAAGUCAACUUACUAACAUGGGCAGCCAAAGAGCAAAUAUGCUAUCUGAACCAGCAGUUUCCAGACGAGUGGACUCCAGAAAUCUUAGCGGAGCAUUUUCCUGUCACCAAGAAAGGUGUCAUCCUACUUCUCAAGAGCCGAUACCUGCCUCGGUCCCAAGAAGAUAUUGUGAAACAUGACAAGAAUGUCCUGAGAAACUGGCAGCAACUGAAAGAUACGCUGCAGCUACAAGGAGGUCCAGUAGAUGUUGGCUCCUACCAGCAUUCCCUCAAUCAAGUCCCACUAAUGAUUAAUGCGGCAGGAGCCAGUCAUCUUCCAAGACCUUGUCAAGCAGAACAAAGAAUAUGUUCAAACACUCAGCAGAGAAAAAGAAAACUAGGUGCAUUUGAGGCCAUUGUGGCUGCAUCAGUCCCAGAAAGACAGCAAGAGAAGAACAUCUGUCACCAGCAGAGUAAGCAGCAACAAAAUCUAGUGCAAAAACAUAUUAAAGACUUUCUUAUUUUGGAUACAAAAUCGAAAAUUCUGACAGGUUUAAGCUGUCACACGGUGAUAGACAUUCUAAGCCUCUUGAUGGACUCAACUAGUUUGACAGAGCAUAGUCAUCAUGCAUGAGUUCUUUUUUUACUUUUUUCUCAAAGUGUAGUGUGCAUGUCUCAGCAGGUACAAUUUUGUAAACAUGUACAUAUUUUCCAAAGUCAUGAAGUGAUUCAUUGUGGGUAAUUUCACUUCAUCUUCAAUAAAAAUGAAGGAGUAAACAGAA